CAGGCUUAGUAAGAAGUAACGUGAGGAUAAUCUCUAUAAACUGUUCUCUCUUUUUUGUAAAAAGGGAAACUUUUGUAAAAUUAUUUUCUGAGCUGGGCAUGGAAGCCACAGAAGCCAUCAUGGAGAAUGUAGAUCAAAUACUGGAUCAGAUCUGGCAACAAAACUUAAUGUUAAGAGAGCUGCUUCACCAAAGUGAACAUCAAAAUGAAGAGAAAAUAGUAGACUAUAGUCUCAAACUGAUGCCUCUCCUUCUGGAUCUUGUCAAAGCCCUCAGCCAACAACUGGAGAGCACGACGAAGAUUCUCAAAAACACUUGUCAUUUGCUGAGUACAGUUCAGGAAAAAGGUUGGCAACAGAUUCCAAGCCAAGAGGGGAGCAACCUUCCAGACUGGCUUCUGGAAUUAAGGGAAAAUAUACUGCAUACUCUUGGAUACCUUGGAGAGGCACAAGAUAAACUUUUUGAAAUGAAUUAUAAAAAAAUAGAAAAAGUCCAACUUCUCCCAUGUGUAUCUGGGAAGUCUGAGCCUGAAGCUGAAAAAGAGCCAUUCAGUGAUGCACAAAUGUUGCCGCCCCUAAGCCAGCCAUUCCAUGACCAUUCAGCUCUGGAAAAGGAAAACAGAGUCCCCCUAACAGAAAACAAAGCAGUGGAAACUGAAACUGUUACAUCCCAAAAUGAAAAAAUAUCUGGGCCUAAUCAGAAAUACCCAGCAUCCAUAGAAAAUGAAGCUCAAAGCAUACCAGAGGAAUCCAUUUUGAUGUCAAACAACAAAAAAAUCUCUCAUAUUGCAAGAUCUUCAAUUAAGGAACAUUCUGAAAACAUAGAUUUGGAAGAUGUUCCAGGAAACAAUGGGAGAUAUAUAACUGCAUCAAUAAAACUCGAAAAUACCCACAUAGAGAAGCUUCCCAAACUAGCGGAGAUCAAGGAAGCCCCAAAGGAGGCAACUAACAGGAAACGCAAGCAGAAAGCCAAACAAAACAGGAGGGAGAAAGAUGUAAACCCAAAGGAGAAGAGUAAUAAAAAUGCCCAAAGCAAUCAAGGAGAAUUUGGACCUACAAGGUUAGAAAACACUGAUCCAACCAUUACUGCUAACCAGUCCACCGGGAAGCCAGAAGAAGAGGACAGUCAACGUGACUGGAUGAUGAAAGAAUUUUUUGUGGAAGUGAAUGGCACUAGUGACCCUGAAGUAGCCUGUUGCAUUAUAGCCCCUCAUGCCAUUCUAGAAAACUUAGUAAUCAGAGUUGUCAAUAAUUUAAGUUCCCUGGUGGUCGAUGAUGCUGAAGAACUGGUUAGCAACAUCAUCAGUGCUGAGUUCUUGCAAGAUGAGCCCACCAUUAUUCCUCCUGUCACCAUUUCUAUCCCAUUUAAUUCAUGUUACCGAGGAAUGUACAAAGACAUUAUGGUGAAAGUGACUGACCUGAACUUUCAUUCAAGGUAUUUAACUCCAGUUUCUUUGGAAGGCCAUCAAGGAAAUCAAAAGGGGACUUUUGCUGAGAUCAAGACCGGCCAGCUCUGUACCUUUUCUGUCGUCUCUUGCUUAAAGCUGGAAGCACUCAGCAUUCCAAAGAAGGGCCUGUCACGAAAGCUAAGCAUGGAUCCCAGAAUUUCAUUUGACUUCCCUCCCUUGACUUUCAGUUCUCGUGUUACAAUGCAGCUCAAGGUACAACCAAUUGAGCCAUCAAUAAUUUCACUAUUAAAAACAAAGCAAGACAAAUAUCAUUCAGUAGUGUCUACAAGCCCACUAGUACAUCUGCAGCAUCCAUCAGGCCAACCAUUCAACAAAUCUAUCACCGUUAUUUUACCCUGUCCACAAAAUCCAGAAAAAAAAAGAGAGAGAAAUGAGACAGACAAUGGCCGAGUGAGUAGUGCUUCUAUACAACGGGUUACAAACAUACAUCAUUUUCGGGCAAUGAGUGCCUCCCAAAAAAACCAUGGGGAGCAUCUCAAUGAAUCCUUGAAAUUACUGGGGCGCAGAAAUAAAGAAGAGGAAUGGAAUUUGCUGGAUGACACCACCGUGAGGAAUGCGCAGAAUGGCCUUGUGUUGUUUGAAUUACAUGAGCACAUAGAAAGCCUUAUUGUCAUCCGCCAAUCCUCCGCUAUGGACAGUGCACAUCUUGCACAGUUUAUGCAGCAUCUGGAGGAGGACACUCACAACACCAUGGCCCACGUGAUCUUAUGUCAGAACAAAGAAGAUCCUCACAAGGUUGCAGUCCUGCUGGUUCCAUCCAAGGCACUCAGCCUGGAGCUGCAGAGUCUGCGAGAAGAAGGGUACGCUGGCCCCCUGGAGCCCUCCCAGCAGUUCAGGAUCAAAGAAGGGGAACAGGUUCACUUUAGAUUUAAUGGAAACAUUUUUGCUUCAGAUGAUGGGAUGACAUUUGGGAAAAUCUACACUCUUACUUUUCAUGCACAAAGAAAGCCAAGGCUUGACCUGCAAAUCAGGGAAGUGGAUGAACAUGGUAACUACAGCUCACCUCAUUUCAAGGGAACUGCCUUGUUUUAUAAAGUGUGCAAAGAAGCCAUAGCCAAGAACUUGAAGAAUUCUCUUCUGCUAGAAGACUACCAACACCAGGACCCUGUUUGUAAAUUGGCUCUAACCUUGCCAAAGAAAGAGAAGAAUAUUAAUCGCCCACAAAGCUUAAAAAGAAUCUCAAAUGAUCCAUCAGAGGCACUAUGGAACAGCUUACUGUACUGGCUGUCAGGAGAGCUGUCAGAAGAUAACUCUUCAUCCCUCAUAUUGUUUCUGCCUCUCCACCGAAGCACUCUUCAGUUUAUUAAACUAAAGUGCCCCGAUAGUCUCACAGAGCAGAUCUAUGAGAUCCUAUGCUUCUGGAAAAAGAACCUGCCAAGAUCAACUGACAAGCUCCAGCUCCUGUCUCGCUAUCUCUGUAAAAGUGGCAGAAGUGAUCUAGCUGAAGAGCUCCAGUUCAUGUGGGAGAACAAAGUGUUUCCGAGGAAAAUUCAUGGACAGGAAAACAAUAUUUGA